AAUCGCUGGCGCGUGUUUUGUACGUGUGCAAUCUAUUUCGGCAAUGGCCUGACGGAUAGUGGUACGUUAUCAUUGUCAUUGUCAUUGUCUGAAGUCUUGCGCAUAGAAGAUGGCAGGAGCUGAUCUGUAUGGUUAGCGCCCGGUGCACUGAUUCCAUAUAUGGAGAAGAGUUAUGACAUCGGGUAUGCUAUCGUGUCGUUGAUUUUCGUAACCAACGCAGCUGGUUUCAUCGCAGCCGCAUUCUUCAUUGAUGCGCUGCAUCAGCGCUUGGGCCGCGCAAAGACGCUGAUGCUGUCUGAACUGAUGAUUAUCGCGGGAUAUAUACUCAUUGGUGUGCGGCCACCAUUUGCUGUCGUCGUUGCUAGCUACUUCCUCCUCGGUGCUGGCGCCGCGAUCAACCUUGCCUUGAACAACGUGUUCUGUGCAAAUCUUGCCAAUUCAACUGUGAUUCUUGGAGCAAGUCAUGGUAGUUAUGGCCUGGGAGGUACAAUUGCGCCGAUUGCUGCUACUGCUCUUGUGUCGAAAGAUAUCGUCUGGAGCAGGUUUUAUCUCAUCAUUGUUGCUGUACGGGUUUUGAUACUACCAUUUGCCGGAUGGGCGUUUGGGAAUUACGAGAAGGAGGCGCCGAGUACGCUUCUUGAGAGAUCUGCAUAUGGAGCGACGACCAGAGAGAGUAAAGUCGCAAUGCUGAAGAGGGCGUUGCGAAAUCGGGUCACGAUUCUAGGUGCUCUUUUCAUAUUUGCGUACCAAGGUGCAGAGGUCAGUAUUUCGGGCUGGGUAAUCAGUUUCUUGAUCAGUUAUAGAGGUGGAGAUCCUGGGAAGGUGGGAUAUGUUACGGCUGGAUUCUGGGCUGGGAUCACCAUCGGUCGCUUUGUACUCACACAUCUCACGUCUCACAUCGGAGAUAAGGUCUCUGUGUAUGGCCUUGUCGCUGGGACUACUGCACUGCAGAUACUUGUCUGGCUCGUCCCGAAUGUAAUUUCCAAUGCAGUUUUCGUAUCGCUUCUUCGGCUAUUGCUUGGACCUGUGUAUCCUUGCGCACAGUCUAUAUUUAGCCACAGCCUGCCGCGGAGCAUCCAAAUGAGCAGUAUAGGGUUGAUCUCGAGCGCUGGAAGCUCGGGUGGAGCGGUUGCGCCGUUCAUGACAGGCUUGCUGGCGCAGGCUAAAGGCACUUGGGUCCUACAUCCGAUCUGUGUGUCGUUGUUCGGGUGCAUGGUGGUCUGUUGGUGGUGUUUGCCACGGGUUGAGAAAAGGGCUGUUUGAGCUGGAUUCUGCAGCUGUAAGCGUGAACUUCGUGGUAUUGGCAUUGGUAUUGCACUUACCAGCAUACACAAGCGGCAGUGUAGGGCAUUUGUGCGUUUUCCACGGGAUAUGGUUCGCCGUGUUUCGACCGAGGGUGGCCAAG